GAUAGAAACGGUCGCUGAAAACUUUGCUACCUUUUCCCCCCUUCUUUCUUUGGGGUCAGUAACCUGUGAAGAGAGCAAAAAAGAUUGACUGCAAACUGGGAUUUUAUCUGUGUUGGCGUUUAAACAGUAGCCUAUUGUCGUCUGUCUUCGAAGCUGACGUUAUUUUAGCUUUUUCUAUUCUUCAAAGCGGACUUAAAAAAGACAAUAUUUGUGAUUAACGAAGGCCAGUGCUCCACCUGCUGCAAGAACACACAGGACCCUCAAUAUUAUAUUACCAGGCAAACGUGACUUGGCCCACCUGCCCUAAGGAGUCAAGGAGAGAAGGAGAGAAGGAAGGAGACAGAUCAUUGUCUAUUGUUGCCCUCUGCUUCCUACUGUAUAUAGAUGUAUACUGAGAAAGUUGUGACGGAGGGGAAGAUGGUGAACAGGGGAAUCUCUCUGACCUGUGUGUUGACCCCCUGCCGUGUGAUUGGUGUGUGUGUGACUCUGAUGACCCUGGGAGCCAUUGGAGCAGCCGUCUGGGCCGUAGUCACGUAUUGCACAAUGGAGGAAGACACAGGACUGUAUGAUGUCCAGGUAAAUUCUGCUGACCAACGUCUCAGAGUCUUUGACUCCGCCCAGAGGAGGUGGCGUCAGGUGUGUUCCUCCUCAGCCAAUGAGCUGCUAGCUAGCAUCAGCUGUGAAGAAGUGGGCUUUAUAAGUGUGGUGAAUUACUCAGUCACAUCGGUGCCAGAGGCCAGUGGAGAUGGUGGGGAGUUCUUCUGUGUCAGACAGCAAGAGCUCAGCUAUGGCAAGAAAAUCAAAGACUCAUUGUUCCCAUGUGACUGUGAGAGCAGGGAGGUUCUCACACUGUUGUGUCAAGACUGUGGCAGACGUAGUUUUGCAGCAGACCGUAUAGUUGGUGGUGUGGAUGCCAGGCAGGGCAGUUGGCCUUGGCAGGUCAGAUUGGAGUAUGAUGGAGUUCAUCAGUGUGGAGGAACCAUCAUCUCAAACCGCUGGAUUGUCUCAGCAGCUCACUGCUUUCGAGAGCGGUAUCGCUUCGUCAAUCGCUGGCGUGUGCAGCUGGGCUCCAUCUAUAGCAAACCAGUCAACGCCAAUGUGGCUGAGGUGAACACCAUUGUUUACCACAGCAGCUACCUGCCCUUUGUAGAUGCUAGCAUUGAUGACAACAGCAGGGACAUCGCUGUUCUGGCCCUCACCCAGCCCCUCACUUUCAACGAAUAUAUCCAGCCUAUUUGCCUGCCAGCAUACGGUCAAAGACUGAUAGACGGACAGAUGGGAAUAGUAACAGGCUGGGGAAAUGUAGAUUACUAUGGUAUUCAGGCAGAUAUUCUCCAGGAAGCGCACGUCCCCAUCAUCAGUGACACUGUCUGUAACUCUCCUGAUUACUAUGACAACCAGAUUACCACCAGUAUGUUCUGUGCUGGUUAUGAGAAAGGAGGCACUGAUGCCUGCCAGGGAGACAGCGGCGGUCCUUUUGUGGCAGAAGACUGCCUGUCUAAGACCAGGCGGUAUCGUCUGCUGGGGGUGGUGAGCUGGGGAAUAGGCUGUGCCAUGGCCAAGAAACCUGGCGUCUACACCAGGGUGUCCCGAUUUCUGCCCUGGAUAUCUACGGCCAUGAGGAACUAUGACCACUCACCAGGGCUUCACAAAAUGGCCCGGACAUGAGAUUCCUGCUCCCAUGUUUCCACUUUUUCUUCUCUUGGGAUGACAAUAUUAAAAGACCUCGAAAAUGUCAACAGGGACCUUUGGACCGGGGGAUGAAAGGCUGCGACGUUUCCCUCAUAUCACGGUUCUGGAUUCUCCUUCUCACCUAAAACUUUUUUUAUUGAGAUUAUUUUUAUUGAGAUUCCUGAUUGUUAAAUGCCCACCAAGACCAUACUCCUUGAUAGAUACCCUGUAUCUUUGCAGAGAUAUACAGAGCUCUUUAAAGGAGCUGUACUCGAUAUUCAGCACAUUAACAUAGCAGCAAACAAAUAUUUUUUUAUGUAAAGAUAUGGUGGAUCCUAUGCAGAGAAUCUGUGUGUAUUGCAAUCCAAGCUUCUCUGUUCUCUUUUUUGAUAACUGGUUCAGCAGCACGUGCAUGUUUGUGCGUGCGUUGUGCGUCAGUAUCAGACGCCAAGGGCCAUGACAACCGCUGGUAUUGAACAGUCUGUGAGCCCACUUUUUUCAGUAUUUCGAGUACAGCCCCUUUAAGAAACAUGAAGUUUUAAACAGAUCAGCAAAAAGUUAUUGAAGUUGACUGUUAUUAUGAAGUUAAAUAUUGAUAAGAGGGCAAAAGUGAAACAAUAUUAGAAUCAGUAUACUGGAUUUAAGGUACCAGUUUUGCAAAAUAUAAUGAGAUUAUUUUUCUGAGAUUACUUUUUUUCCUGCUCUUGUACAUUUAAGCUGUAUGCUACUGCGAUGUCACCAGAAGUAAGAAAUAACCACUACAACUUGUGAGUUAAACAGAAAUACAUUGAAUCGAGACUUGUAAAUGCUCAGGUUCACCUUAAAGGUCCCAUAUUGUAAAAAGUGAGAUUUCCAUGUCUUUUUUAUUAUAGAGCAGGUCGAGGUGCUAUAUGAAUACUGUGAAAGUAUCAAAACGCGCAAUCCACAGGGAAAUGCACACAGCCCUUAUUCAGAAACGGUGCCUUUAAACGAGUCGUCAGGACUUUUGUACAGUUAUGAUGUCACAACUAUACUAUAUACAGGUCGAAAGUGCCUCUACAGUGCGGUUACAGUCAUUCCCCGACUGCAAUGAUGGUGCAGGGACAUCUAGACCAAGGAAGACUCAGAAACGCUGACCAAUCAGAGCAGACUGGGCUUUUUCAGCAGGGGAGCUUGAAGAGACAGGUGCUAAAACGGAGUGUUUUAGACAGAGGAUGAAUACAGGUAUCUUCAGACAGACAGUAUGAGGAAAAUAAUGUGUUUUUGAACAUUAAAGCAUGUAAACAUGUUCUAGUAGAAACACAAAAUACAAGUAUGAACCUGAAAAAGACCAUGAUAUGGGACCUUUAAGAAUUCUAGAUGUAAUUACAAGGAUUCAUACAAUAAGAAUUAAAUUCCUUAUGUAGAGGUUUUAUCUUGUUCCACGAGAGUCCAUUUCUUCAGUGCCAGACUUCCUGCAGCCAGCGUGCAUAGCAACCCACAGUGAGUGCAGACUGCACUGUUGAUUGGUAAUAAAGAUCAUAAAGAUCUCGUGCAAAUUCAACUCAACUAGUACUUUUUACAUUGUGCAACACACACACACACACACACACACACACACACACACACACACACAGAGACACACACAAACACACACACUAAUAAAAUGUCAAUAAUUUAUGAGUAAUGCUAAUGGAUAACUACAACGUUUCCUGGCAAGCUUUAUUUUGUAAAAUCACAGCGCACAUCAAACUUUUCACAUUGUAAGAAUCUUUUUUAUAAUUAAACUCUUUCUUGUCUUUCUUGACACAUGUUCAUGUCUUUUAUAUGCAGUAACCUGACAUUUGUAUGAAGAAUAAUUAUUUGUCUUUAUCAAAUUCCCACACAAACUGGUAAAGAUGAUGCUUAUAUUCGAUCAGUAAUAUCAGUAGUUUGUUGAUGUCUUGUAAAUAUUAGUCAUUAUCUUGUUUAUGUAGAUGUUUAUUUGAGACAUGGUACAGAUGUCUUUAUGAUCCACAGAUCUUAGAGCCAAGAGUGCAAUAACAACUGAAAUCAUGUUCUCAGAAAAUAUUUCUUUCACUGCACCGCAUAUUGAUUACCAUCUUUUAAAUGCUAAUGAUGUCUCAUCAUAUUGACCGGCAGGAGUGUGUAUACUCAACCAUGACCAAUGUAUAGUAUUAUAUACUACGACUCCCCUUCUGCUCCACACUGGAUUAAAGCUCUCAAGACUUUACUGGACAGUGAAAAGGAAGUGUUUACAAAGUUUGAGGUAUACUGAUAGGCACAAAAACGACAGCACCCUGCUGAUGUCACGAGCAAAAACUAAAUAUACAAGAGUAUUUACAAUACAACUGUCAAGAUACAUUAUAACAAAUAUAAUGUAGAGUUCUACUACUAUAGUAAUACAAUCUGUAUACUGCACCCGGCCUAAAGAAAGGGUUGUAUGUGAACACAACUGCAGAAUAUAUCUGAAUGUUGAACCCUUUCUGGCACUGAUUUCUAGCUCUUGCCUAAACAGAACGUGAUGUGAAGUCGACUCACCACCAGUUCCAUAAAUGCAUGUACAUUUAUGGCAAUUAUGAUGUGUGCAAGAGAAAUAAAUAUUGUUAUAUGUAAAUUGAUGCAUUGAGUAUUGUAUUGAAAUAAAAACAACUUGCCCAUAGA